AUGUUUCGUAUUGCAACGGACACCGACAAUAUGUCUUUUAUUGAAGAAUACGGCACACCCCCCGAGCAACAAUUGUUUCAAAUCGAUGAAACAUUAGGAAACGUAGCAACCGCGCAUCAAGGCCAAACAGUUGACAUCACUCGCUCCGACGUGCCGGGCGGCUGGGGCCAGCGCCUGUCCCUGGUGUGCGUGACGCCGGCCUUGGCUGGGCUGUCGGAUCGGCCACAAGUUCAGGCGACCGGGCCAGAAUCGCUCCUGCUCUCUCCCAGGGACAACCAGUCGGUCACGGUGACCUACCCGGAGAAGCUCGCCACUACCAUGCAAGGCUGCGAGUGUGCCACCAUCUACCUGGAGAUGGCCGUGGAGGGCUCGGGAGACUGGCUGCGCCGCGAGGGCGUGGAUGGGCUUUGCAGCGACUGGGGCAGCCGAAGGUGCGUCGUGGAUCGAUUGGCGGCAGGUCAAAUCUACGAGGGCCGCGUCCGCAUCCAGUGCAGCGACACCGGGCUGAGCAGCAGCUGGACCCUCGCAGGUGCCACCGUGAGCACGAACCUCGAGGCCUUCACGGUGACCGGCUCCAUCUCAGUGCAGGCCUCUGGGCGGCGCCUGGCAUCGAGCGGAGCCUUCCGCGCGCGGCUGCGCGCCACGCUGAGCGAGGUCGCGGAGGUGGAGGAAACCGCGGUGCUUGUCGAAGACGGCGUCGUGGGCGGCACGGCGUCGCUCGAUUUCGUCUUGGCCGCUUCGACGAUCGGGCUUGAGUUCGACGAAGCCGAGGCAGAAAACGUUGCCGAGGCGACCGCCCAGCGCCUCACAUCCAGCUUGGCUUUGGACUUCCACAGCAAGCUCGCACAAAAGUUGGGCUACAGCGUGGACGUCGAGGUGCUGCAACCGGUCACGGUUGAGCGGCAGAGCGAUGCGUUUGCCACCUGCGGCCAGCCCCCGCUUGUGGCCAACGCCGCCGCCAACUGGACACAAGCAGCAUGUCUCGGGCGAACAUGGUCUGACGGGCCCUGCGCCGUGCCCUGCGAUGUGGGUUUCCUCCCCGAGGGCAGUGGCUUCCUCUGCGGCGUGGACGGCGCCUGGUUUGACGUGCCACGCUGCGCGUCAAUCUGGACCGUGGGUGAGUGGGGCGAAUGCCUAGGCGUCCCCGGAAACUGCGGGGAAGGCGGUGUGCAACGGCGUGAGGCAGGGGACAAGAAGGUCCUGAUCGCCAUGACCGUUCGGUGCUCAAAGCGCGCCCGAAGGACCGAGAUGUCGGAGGAGGCUUCUCGCGACGCCGACGAUGAGAUGCAGGACCUCGAGCGUCUGGGCACUUCUUCUUGCUAG